AAGACAUGAAGACAAAUAGCUGCAUAUCACUUAAUGGUUAGACCAUCUUUUUUCUGUAUCUUUAACUAAUAGCUUCCUCCUAAUUUAAAGUCAGUAUCAUGUAAAGUAAUGAAACGUUUUUGGUGUACAAAAAACAAGAAUCAAACAGGCUGAUCCAUUCGUUGUCAGCAGUUUCUCAACAUGCUAAAAAUAAACUUCUCUUUGUUAAACUUUUACUUGAGCAACAUAGAAACUUCAGUUUUAACUUGAGUGAGCUGACAUUUAACAAGCAUCGACUGUGACAGCACCUCAGACAACCGGCUAACCACAUUAGCUUGUAGCUUAGUACAUGCUGGUCAUUCAAAUCAUAUCUUAUUCAGAUCAUUGAAUGAGACUGCUAUCAUUUCCGUUUUCUUUUUCCCGUGGAAACAAACAAAGCUACUGAGUUUAGUGACAUAACUUCCUGGUGAGGGUAAAUGAGACUUCCUGAAACUGGUGAAUGCAACAUACCCUCCUAUGUCGUAUACUUCUUCCUAACUUGUGGUUUAUUAAAAGCUUUUGUCGUCAUGGGUCCAGAUUCACUUUCCUAAUAUCCUUUCAUGUAACUUCAGAAUUAGGGGGAGAAGGUAUUGCACGCUGUAUGGUAAUGUUACAUACAUUUUUAUUCUAGUUCCAGCUAAAGUGACAACUGCGUUAAGUUAAUAGGGUCUAUGUGGUCUUGUAUUCAUUACUCUCCCAGAGUACGAUGGUGUUUUCACCUGGGCAGAGGCAGUUGGGAAACAUGGUGACUCAGUCCACCGCGAUGUGACAUGGCCAGGGAUAGGGACAGCACUAUGUACUGCACUGCUAGCUAAACUUAAAAACUUUGCUUGACAAUGGUAAUGGUGUCAUUAACAUAGCUCUGUAUUUUACUUUCUGUUUAUGAAAGUAAGAAUAAAAGUAAGAAAUCCUUCCAUUUGAGAUGUCGGCAGAAGAGAAAGCUAAUUCAUUUUCUGUGGACCUUAUAGUUCCAGUGUUACACCUCCAAAUCCUGCACCAAGCAAUAUAACAUAUCUUCUUUCAGUAAAUAGUGCAGUACAAUAUACUAGUGCGAAUAACUACAGAAUCAUAUCAGCACCAUUCUGACACAUUAUCAACAGAAGCUGAACACUCUAAAACCUGCUGAAACUGUUGCAUAGAUCUGCUUAAUGAGUCAGUGUUAUACAAGACUCUUGAUGUUUUCCCAUCAGACUGUUGGCCUCCUGACUCCCUCAGUCACGUAAGUUGCUCCCAGCACUGUUUGUUUUAGGCAGCAGUAAUUGAAGGAUUAACUCGCUCAAAGCUGCUAGACAGGUUAAAAGUAGCAAAACCAGACUAUCUUUAUUCCGAAAUAAAGGUCAGGCUGUAGACCCAGUUCCACUGAGGAAUGCUGUGCAAAUACAUGUGAAUAUAUGAAGCAGCAGAAAAGGUGACCAAAGGUCAAAGCGAAGCAGUGAGAGGAUAGGUCAGCCAAACUGAAAAGUAACCAGUCAUUCUCUGUGCAGGGGCGUGGUUGUGAUACUGCUCAAGGUAUAUGGGCGCACCCUGCUUGUUUUUGUUUUAUUGGGAUUGCUUUGGCCAGUAGUUGUCGGGGAGUGUUUGUUGUCCAACUACAGAGAGAAUCUCCACCCGUCACGAUGAUCCUCAACACCCCAAACACCACCUGAAAGGAACCGCUGUUGACCCAAGGAGUAGUGACUUGUCAGCACACUGUGUUAUGUAUUUUCACCCUUUUAUUUGAUCUUAGUCAACAUACACUCAGCCAGCCGUCAGAGAACUUUGUUGUGAGCUUUGUUUGAAUACUGUACCAAUUUAUGAUACGUGUAUGUGAUUUUAUGUACUCACUCAAAGUCCACAAUUGUCUAGAUAAAGACCUUCAAUAAAAGGUUUUGCAGAAACAGUUUAAGUGAUCGCUAAUGACCAGCACUGAUUAUAUUUAAGUUAUCAUGGUGACUGUAGUAGGACAGCAGGAAGCUCGAGUGCAUUCUUUUGUAUUCUCAUAACACAUAGUUACAUCAUUUAUCCACUUAGCCCUGAUGAUAUAUUCUCAUCCUGGACUUCCCCUUUCUGCACGUCACCUGGCCAUGUUGUCUCUGCUUGAAAAUGGUCAUGAAAUGAAAAAGUCACUUUUCUGGCAGACAUUGUUGUUGUAAUUUUAUACAUGAAGAAAGAUGAUUGGGUAAUGUCAGAAAGCUUGUUGUGCUGUAAUACCUGUCACCACAGUGCAUACAGUAGGUUUGACAGAGCUGUGUCAUUGUUGUGUUUCAGCAAAUCACACCUGUCCAAUAAGGAAAUCCCUUCCCUAACGUGGGCGGGUUCAGCACAGCAGACUGGGUGGGGCCUGACAUGAAGUCAGCCUUUAAGAUGAGUGAGAGCUUUAAUUUAGCAGGAGAAUGCAUCAGGAAGGUUUUACUGUUAAGUCCUCGGUGGGACAAAUAUAGCCUCAGUGAAUCCCGUUGGAGAGGUGGUUAGCUGAUCCCGGAGCCCCACCACAGCGCAUGGAGAGACGCUCAACCUCUCACACAGCCGGUGGCUCGAACUUAAGAAGUGAACUGACGAGGUUGCUUCAGCUGCUCAACAAUGUGCAGCAUUUGAGGAAGUUGUUAAAGGCAGAAUGAGUUGUUUUGUGCGCUGCCGGGACAGAGCCCCGUUCUCCUGCUGAGUCGACCUGAAGCAGCGUCUUUGUUACAUGUGUACAGCCAUGAAGUUCAACCAGUGCGUACUACAGGAUACCCCUGCGAACAACGAGAACAAAGUGUGGAAAUGUAUCACAUAGGGUUUGCAGGAACCCGCAGGCUGAUUGGGUGAAAUAUGUUCUCUUGGCACGAUCCGCACAUGGAGAGAGAGCCUGCAAGGCACAUUCAGGACCCCGCCAGCCAGAGACUGACGUGGAACAAGCCACCAAAAAGUGUCCUUGUGAUCAAGAAGAUACGAGAUGCCAGUCUGCUCGAGCCUUUCAAAGAGCUCUGCAUAUUCCUCACUGAGGUGAAAAAUAUGAUUGUUUAUGUGGAAAAGAAAGUUCUUGACGACCCAGCCAUUUCAGGUGAUGAAAACUUUGGGGCCAUUACUAAGAAUUUCUGCACUUUCAGAGAAGAUCAUGAUGACAUCUCCAAUCGCGUAGACUUCAUCAUCUGUCUUGGUGGAGAUGGGACCCUGCUGUAUGCAUCUUCACUCUUUCAGGAGAGCGUUCCACCAGUUAUGGCCUUCCACCUGGGCUCUCUGGGCUUCCUGACACCUUUCAAGUUUGACACCUACCAGUCUCAGGUCACCCAAAUUAUCGAAGGUAAUGCUGCCAUUGUCCUGCGAAGUCGCUUGAAAGUUCGGGUGCUUAAAGAGAACUGGGAGAAGAAGGCCAGAGUGGAUGAAAAGGGCAUUAUCCUGACAAAUGGGGACAUUGAAAGUAGCCGGAAAGCCAUGCACCAUCAGGUGCUGAACGAGGUGGUGGUGGACAGAGGACCCUCAUCAUAUCUGUCCAAUGUCGACCUCUUCCUGGACGGACAUCUCAUUACCACAGUGCAGGGAGAUGGUGUGAUCGUGUCCACACCUACAGGAAGUACAGCUUAUGCAGUGGCUGCAGGAGCUUCCAUGAUCCACCCCAACGUCCCAGCCAUCAUGAUCACCCCCAUCUGCCCACACUCGCUCUCCUUCAGACCCAUCGUGGUGCCUGCCGGGGUCGAGCUCAAGAUAAUGCUGUCACGUGAUGCCAGAAACACAGCCUGGGUGUCAUUUGAUGGAAGAAAGAGACAAGAGAUCUGCCAUGGAGAUAGUAUUACCAUCACCACUUCCUGCUUCCCCGUUCCCUCCAUUUGUUUCCGGGACCCGGUCAACGACUGGUUCGAGAGCCUGGCCCAGUGUUUACACUGGAAUGUGAGGAAGAAGCAAAACUACCUCAGCUCGGAGGAUGAAGAGUUCUGAGGGCGUUUCCAUGAUCUCUGAGGUCUUCUCUAAAGUCUCCAGGACUCCUAAGUCUUGCUUUUAAGUUUGACCUUGCUCUGUGUCAUUUGGCUUUUAUAGAUGAGGGUUCUUGCCAAACUCCAUUCAAAAAUCUUUCAUAACAAUGUUGCCAUUCACAUGUAUUAAAAUCAAUAGUAUUUUGUUAUAUUAACAAGUGUUGGGCCAAAUAGCACUUUUGCUUUGGCUCUCAAUGUUUUAUUUUAAUAAGAGAUAAACUAUAAAACCCCAUGUGUUCAAAUAAAUGAAAUAAAAAGAAUAUUUAAAAUACUAAUAUGACAUAAAAACAGACUUUUCAAAAAGGGAACGCUGGAAUAAAAAAUCUAUAUUGAAACAAAAAAGAAAUGAUGAAAAUUUUGUUCACAAAAUUAGCUAAGUUUAAAUAAUUCAUUAAAUUAUUAUUAUUAUUAUUAAAGUGUUUCACAAUUUAUUGGAGGGGACACAGUGGUGCAGUGCUUAGCACUGUCGCCUCACAGCAAGAGGGUUCCAGGUUUGAGUCUACCUGGGCCCACGUGGGUUUUCUCCAGGUUCUCCAGCUUCCUCCCACAAUCAAAAAACAUGCACAUUAGGUUAACUGGCUACCCCAGAUUGUCCUUAGGUGUGAGCAUGUGAUUGUGUGUCUUGUGUGUCAGCCCUGCGAUUGACUGGUCAAUUUAUUGGACGCUUUGGAAUUGCAAAUCUUUGAGUCGAAUAAAACUCACUCAUAUUACUCAGAGAACCAGGGUUACACAAGUGACCUACCUAAGUUUGCAUGUUAGAAGUAUGCAACAUUAAUGAGGAGUCUGUAAUGUUCCCCUCAUGUUGUGAUGUGUAAGCAUGUUAAAAUGGUGGAUUUAUGAAUGGAGUUUGUCCUGACUAUUGUUCCAGGAUUGUCUCUGUUUUUUGACUCGCAAUGCAAGGUGUUGGAUUAUCUUGGACUAAAACACACAAAGUCAGUUGAAGAUGGCAUUUAUGGCAAUACUCUUGAUGUGUGUUAUCAGGUCUGUUCUAGCACUUUUUAAUCUUAAAGGUGGAUGGCAGGGACACAUGUACUACUUAAUAAACCACAAAAGUUGGUUCUCAAUCAAGGUAAAGACUGCAAUUCCCUGGUAAACAAAUUGUUAAACUGAAUUCUGUUAAUCAAAUCAGAAAAAAAUGAUGUAAUGCCAUCAAUGAAUGACAAAUAUUGUUGUUGUUACACAUUGUUAGGUGCUCCCUGGGGAAGAGCAGAUUUACAGUACAUCUACUAGGCAAUACGGGCCCAACUGUACAGACUGUGCCUUAAACACUGGUAUCAUUAAUGUAUAGAAAUCUUAUUUUUUAAGGUUUACAUCAUGGUAAGAUUUUUUUUAAUUCAACACUAGCACAGAUCUGUGAUUUGCGUGUUUUCAUUGUAACCACAUGUUGACUGUUGUCUUUGCCGUCUUCAGCACACAAGGCUUCAUAGACCAACUUCAGUAUGAUCCAUGGUGUGUCGUCAGUGCACUGGAUGACGUGUCAACAAUGAGGCAGAGUGAUAUUAAUUCCAGACAAACAAACCGCAGUUCAGAAAUCUUUAGUCUUUUUAACGUCUUUUGAUUUUUUUUAAAAAAAUGUCCUCUAAGCCAUAGCUGAGCUGUGUGUAGGGUUUAUAGAGCAGUGUGUGUGUGUGUGUGUGUGUUGAAGAAAGACAUCCCUUCUCAUUGGUUUGCUACACGUCUGUCACUGUGCAGUCUUUGCUGAGUACUUCAUGGUGGCCUGCCUUGCAUAUCUGUUCACAUAUAAUGUCUACAUCUCAAUGUGUUUGCUAACUACUUUGACAAAUUGUGUCAAGAUGAAAAUAUGAAAAGCAGUGCCACCUGUUGUAACUCUCAAGUGGACCAACUGCAUUAUAAAAGGCAAUCAUUCCGUGAACUUGGCGUGUGUGUAUAUGUAUGUAUGUAUCUAUCUAUCUAUCUAUAUGGAUAGAUAGAUAGAUAGAUAGAUAUAUGAUGCUUAAAUAGGUUGUAUUUUGUAAAAUCUAUGUUUAUUAACCAGUUUACAGUGUAUCGUUGCUGAAAAUAAAUCUGUUUGGUACUUUUUUAUAUUACAAGAAAUUCUUCAGUGCUUAAUUCUUUUUGUUUGAGAAAACAAAAUUUUUGUUGGUAAUGGGUCAAAGUGCAGUGAAGUAAAUUCAGAUAGAGCCAAAGCUUAUUCCGAAUGCAUUCCAGGACAACUUGUACAGUCUAAUUUACAGAUGAAGUUCUUCAGCUGACGUGUCAGUAGAUACUGGCAGCCUUGUUUCCAAUGUUGAGUUCCACUAAACCCAGUUCUACAAAAGGUUUUGACUUCUCUUUUCUAUGAAGCAUUAUCAGCUCUUAAAGUGCUUUUCACUUUUGUAACUCUGAGAGCCUGUAACUCGGACUUUUGUAUCAGUAAGUUUGUUAAUGUUUCUAAUAUGAAUCAUGCUAUUUUUUUUUUUUGCAGAGCACUUUAAUAAACAGAGAGAAAUGUAACCAGGAAGUGUGUUAUCCACCUGUUUGAUCAGCGUGCUUCACGCUUGAAAUCGGUUCUCGGGUCCAUGUUUGCUAUAAAUCAUGUCAGUGUUGUGGAAUUCAUGCAGUUCGUUGAGAAAAGUUUAAAAAAAUAAAAUAAAAUAAAAUAGAA